UUACAGUAUACACUGGAGUGUGAACGAAGAAAAUCAGAGUCAAUAAAUUCUAAAUAAAAGGCAAACGAGCUUCCAUUAUGACUGACAAACAAAUUUCCCGUUUUUCCCUUGGAAUAUAUUUGCUUAUUUUUACUAUUUCAUUUUGCUGACGUCUCCGCGCAUUGAUUUUUACAUUGCUGAGCCCGACGCCUUUGCUCGAUCGUAUUCACUUUUGAUUCUACCCCAGUGACUAUGCAGUCCGGCUUGGGUCGUGUUUGGAUGUCGAGAAAAACCGUGCCAUGAAUAUUUGCAUUUUGGAUGUGCCAUUUUGUGCUGUUUUAUGCACAGUUCUUGGAGUUUCUUUGCUGAACAAAACUCACGCAUGCAGCAAUUAUAUGGUGGCCACUCUAACAGAUGACCGCCUGUCUUCCUCCAGCAUUUACGAGAACUCGGAGAGUUAUCACCCCAAACAUGCCAGACUCUCCAGCAGCAGUGGCUGGAGUCCUGAUGAUUCCGAACUAAACCCAUGGAUUCAGGCUGACUUUGGAAAAGCAGUGAGGAUAAUAGCGGUGACAACGAAAGGGCUGGGCGACAAGCGAUUGAAUGAAUGGGUGAAAAAAUAUCAAAUAAAGUACAGCGACACGUUAUCAACAUGGACAACCGUAUCAAAGAGCCCGGAUGAUACAUUCAACGCGAACACUGACCGUUCGACAUCAGUGAGGAACGACCUUCCGUCUGCGGUCGAGGCGCGCUAUCUUCGGCUGUAUCCAACUGAGUGUGAAAGUUACUGCAGUUUACGCUUUGAUGUUAUUGGGUGUGAAGUAACCACAACAACUUCGACAACAACAACUACAACUACGCAUGCGCCUACAACGACAGCUUCGACAACCACAACUUCUACUACAACUACGCAUGCGCCUACAACGACAACUGAUCCAACCACAACUUCUACUACAACUACGCAUGCGCCUACAACGACAACUGAUCCAACCACAACUUCUACUACAACUACGCAUGCGCCUACAACGACAACUGAUCCAACCACGACGUCUACUACAACUACGCAUGCGUCUACAACGACAAUUACUCCUACAACAUCAAUUUCAACAACGACCUCCUCGCGACCUACAACAAUUACAACGUUGGAAGAGUCCUGCUCGUGUGCGUGCGUGAAGGGAUAUAAUUAUACCAUGACGCAAGCGGAACUUGAUGUCCGAUUAUCGGACAUUGUGCAAAAUCUAACAGUUCCUAAGAAAACGACAUCCAGCUUCAUAAGAAGCAAAAUAUCAGUGCAGGACAACAGACCGGAAGUAGUUUAUGUGGGGUUAGUGGGGAUGGUUCUUUUGAUUUUCGUCGCCAGUUUGAUUGUUCUACCAGACCUUUUCACGUUUUGCCGAUUUUUAUUUCUCUUAUUUAAAACAAAGUAUGAAAGAUGAAAAUAUUAAGAAGGUCCAACUUUAAAUGAAUAUUUCAUUGUUUAACAAAAUAAAAUCAAUACAUACACCCAGGGGUGCAUGAGCCGAGUUGCAUGGGAUACAUUGUAAAGUCAGGAAUGACGUGGUAUAUUUAUAAUUGUGAAGAACUAAUUUCAGUUUUAAACUUUUCGAGUUACUGUCCAGAAACCAUAUUUGUCUGAAGUUUUCAAUCUAUAUUCGGUCACUGUGACCUUGACCUUUGUUCUCCAAAAUCAAUAGGGGCCUUGCUUUGCUGGUAUCCAACAAUAUAUCCAAGUUUCAUUUGAUUCAAAUUAAAAAAUUUCGAGUUAUCCUCCGGAAACCAAAAUCCUUUUGAAAUUUUAAAUCUAUUUUCAGUCACUGUGACAUUGACCUUUGACCUAUUUUCUCCAAAGUCAAUAGGGGUCUUCCUUACCUGGUACAUAACAAUAUCUUCAAGUAUCAUUUGAUUCAGAUUUAAACUUUCUGAGUUAUCAUCCGGAAACCAAAUAUUUCUGAAAUUUUCAUUUUAUAUUCGGUCACUGUGACCUUGACCUUUGACCUUUUUUCUCCAAAAUCAAUAGGGGUCUUCCUUACCUAGUACCCAACAAUAUAUCUAAGUUUCAUUUGAUUUGGAUUUAAACUUUCGGAGUUAUCAUCCGGAAACCAAAUUUUCCUGAAAUUUUCAUUCUAUUUUCGGUCACUGUGACCUUGACCUUUGAUCAUUUUUCUAAAAUCAAUAGGGGUCUUCCCUACCUGGUACUCAACAAUAUAUCAAAGUUUCAUUAGAUUAGAUUGUAAACUUUUCGAGUUAUCAUCCGGAAACCAAUUGUUGACGCCCAACCGCCCGCCCGCCCGCAUCACCAAACCAAUAGCCGAGUUCAACUCCGUUGCAACUCGGCUAAAAACUUUAUAUAUUAUAACUUUUAUAACGCUAAUUGUUAACAGUGAACUGAUGUUCAGAGUUCAGCUGACAAAGAAAUGGACAGCCUUGCGGAUUUUCUAUGAUUUUGAAUUAGGAAAUAUCAGCGUCACUUUAGCUUGGAAUGUGCAGAAAUUCAUGAUUCAUAGAACAGAAAGUGUGAACACACCAGUAUCCCUUUCAUUUACAUUUGAUUGAUUGUAUUGAACAAGUUCUUAUCAUGAAUGUGUUUAGAAUUGAAAACACGAUGAAAUAGAAAUAACAGCCUCUGUGAAGAGUUUUAUAAUUACUGUAAUGUAAUAUAUGUGUCGUCUUCUAAGGAAAUAAUCCUGGGAUGUUACUGAGUAAGUACAGAAACGGCUGGUAUAAAUUAACUCUGCUCUACCUACGUUUUGCUACAUUGAUCGAUAUUUUGAACUCAGUAUAAUGCUUACAGAUGUAUCGGGCUGUAUUUGACGCCAUUAGAUAUGUUGUACAAUAUGUUCCAUCCAAAUAUUUAUCAAUGUUAAUGACAACUUACUAUUGCUGUAUAUGAACAAUGCUAAUUUCUUUUUAGUCACGUCAUUUCCGUCCUAAAUAAAACAAAAGAAUAUA